AUGGAAACACUGGCGGAAACGAGCCUUCCGGCAGGAUUACGUCGUCCGGAACCUUCCUCCCUUAUUCCUACCUCACCCGACGGUGAACAGUCUCCACAAAACAGUAAUCCCGGCUCGAUGCUGGCCAACAUCAUCGGUACUAGCCCGGGUGGUAGCAGCAGUGCGCACAACCUGCUCGAAGAUCAUUCACAGUCAUCGCAGGACGAUAGUGGCAGUAUGGUCAGUCCCGUUCCCCAUCCCGAGCCGGAGGAAACGAUCGAAAACAUUGAGAAAGAGCUAAGUGAAUCGUGCGUAGAUACGGACUCACAGCCGGCAAUGGAUACCGGUCACGGGAAGCAGAAUACCUCCGUAUCACAACGCACCAGUGCGGAACAGGGAGCAGCAGCAGCAGCAGCAUCUACGUCCUCGCCGGCAACGUCGGCAGUCGGUGGGAAAGGUAAUGCUAACGGGAAGACGUCGACGGUGGCGAGUGGAGGAUCAGUGUCGAACGGUGGCAGCUUGCCGAAGGUGACACCGAGCGGUGGUAAACCGAUGGCCAUGCGUAACAUGGACCGCAAGAUGAGUAAGCCACGGAGGCGACCGAAACGCAAAGAAAUGGUAGCCUUGUAUCAAAGUGAGAUAAGUGACAACAAAAUCGGCAUUAAGCUGUGUAUAAAGAAAGCAUCUGAUGCAAUAGUACAACCAAAGAAACCGAUCCGCAAGCGUGCCCGCAAACCGAAGAGCCUUAACGAGGAUAGCUCGGACGAGACGUCACCGGAAAAGCGAAAACGGCCGAUUGAGAAGCCACGGAAAACGAACAACAACACCGAGAAGCGAAGUGCAGAGGAGGAGUACAAGCCACCGAAAGAUCAGAGCGUUUGGGCGAACGGAAUACCCGAAUCGUUGUUGUAUACGAUCUUCAAAAAUGUCGUCCAGGACGAGGGCUGCUUACCUACGCUGAUUCGCCUGUCGAGUGUUUGCUCGAGCUGGUACAAAAUGUCACAGAACACAUCACUCUGGCGUACCGUCGAUCUUGGCACGUGGACAAAGGAUCGGUUUAAAACAGAGCCCCGGCUAAAAUGGUUUAUCGAGAAUCGGCUUAAGCAAGCGACCGAAUUGGGAUUGGCAAACUGGAAGGUAACGAAUGUGCAAUGCGUGCUGGACAAGCUACUGGAGGCGGCGCCCGGUCUGACCAGCAUCACACUUUCUGGCUGGAAAGCGCUCUCCUCCGAUAAUUUGCUGUUUCUGGUACAAAACUUUAAACACCUGCACAGUCUCGAUCUCAGCUCGAUCAAUGCUGAAGUUAACGCCAAUAAAACGGCCGUCGGCCAAUCGUCCUUGUGCAAUGCCAUAACGGAAAUAGGAAGCAGGCUUACUCAUCUAUAUUUGGCCCACAAUCGGCUCAGCGGUAUUCCGCAAAUUGUGAAAGCACUAUCGACACACUGUCCAAAUCUUGUGCUACUGGAUCUGUCCAACGUGAACACGGUUGCCAUGUCGCACGGGAUACUGCAUAUCGAGCAGCUGCAGCACGGCUGCCAGAAGCUGAAGGUACUCCGGAUAACGAACUCACACAUCAACCUUAGCACGGCAUCGUUACAGGAGCAGAUGGAAUCACCCGGUUUCCCCGAAUUAGAAGAGCUUUCCGUCGCCUCACUCGCGGACGAAGCACGUCUCUUUAAUGACGAGUUUCUGCAGCGCAUCCUUAAAACCAGUACAAAGCUAACGCUACUAGACGUGCGUGGUUGUGCCCGGCUAACGCACGACAGUCUCAUCCGGUUGCCGACAUGGGAUUUGAAGCAUCUCUUCCUAUCCGGCUGCUCGAUCAACCGAGACAUGGGUGCUGGCCUGGAACUGAUUGCAUCGAAAUGGGCGCACAGUUUGAUCGAGUUCGAUCUUGCCUGGGCUAGCGCUACCAAACCGCUGGACGAUGCACUGAAAGCCCUCGCGGACAAGGGCUCGGAAUCGCCAUUGAAGUACCUCAACCUCUGCGGAUCAUCGGUUUCAUUGGAAGCGGUAAAGGAGGUACUAGCCAACUGUCCACACAUUAACGCCAUCAAUCUCGCGUCGUGCCGAGGGUUGCCGCGCGGUGUGAAGCGAUUACUACAGGGCGCACAGGAAAUUGCGGAACUGCGAGAAAACUUGGGCGUCACGUUAAAGGGAGCACCCUCACAAUCUUCCUCCUCUCCAAGAGACACCUAAGC